CAACAGGGAGACCGACAGACAGGCAAGAACGAGGGCAACGGGACGGACGCGGGCCAGAGCCUGAGACCGGCAGCUGACUGAGUGAAGACACCAAGACUCAAAGAGGCCAAGCCACUCGCCGGGGGUCACACAGCCCAAAGAGGCAGAGCCAGAACUCACCCAGCCUCGGGGUUAAGCGUGCUACGUGCCUCAGAGGAUUGUCGAGAAGAUUAAAUGAGAUGGUUGGUGUGAAGGCUUAGCCUAGUGCGUGACUCAAGCUGUGCCCCCCUCCACCAUCCCCACCCAUCUGAAAGCACUUCUCUGUCCUUCACCCUCAAGUCAGAGCUAUCUGAGAUCAGCGGUAUUUACUGCAGCCCCGCCGCAGCUGGAAGCUUCUUGAAUCCGGAGACGACAGGAAAAUGGCCACCUGGGAUGAAAAGGCAGUCACCCGCAGGGCCAAGGUGGCUCCCGCCGAGAGGAUGAGCAAGUUCUUAAAGCACUUCACGGUCGUUGGGGACGACUACCACGCGUGGAACAUCAACUACAAGAAGUGGGAGAACGAAGAGGAGGAGGAGGAGGAGCAGCCACCGCCCACACCGGCCUCGGGCGAGGAGGGCAGAGCUGCUGAUCCUACCACGGCGCCUGCCCCCGUGCCCAGGCCCCGCCUCGACUUCAGGACCACUUUGAGGAAGCUCUUCAGCGCCCACAGGUUUCAGGUUAUCAUCAUCUGCCUGGUCGUUCUGGAUGCCCUCCUGGUGCUCGCCGAGCUCGUUCUGGACCUGAAGAUCAUCCAGCCUGACAAGAACAACUAUGCCGCCAGGGUGUUCCACUACAUGAGCAUUGCCAUCUUGACCUUUUUUAUGAUGGAGAUUUUCUUUAAAAUAUUUGUCUUCCGCUUGGAGUUCUUUCACCACAAGUUUGAAAUCCUGGACGCCAUCAUCGUGGUGGUUUCCUUCGUCCUCGACGUUGUCCUCCUUUUCCGGGAGCAUGAGUUUGAGGCUCUAGGGCUGCUGAUUCUGCUCCGCCUGUGGCGGGUGGCCCGGAUCAUCAACGGGAUAAUUAUCUCGGUUAAGACACGUUCUGAACGGCAACUACUAAGGUUAAAACAGAUAAAUAUACAACUGGCCACCAAGAUCCAACACCUUGAAUUCAGCUGCUCUGAGAAGGAACAAGAAAUUGAAAGACUUAACAAGCUACUGAGACAGAAUGGGCUUCUUGGUGAGGUGAACUAGAGGCAUACCUGCUCCACCCCAGAGGGAAGACCUGCCUCACGGGCUUGUGACGAGGAAGACAGCCGCUCCUCCUGGGGCCAUGUUGGGGAGAGGUUUGCUUUGAUGGCUUUGCCUCACUGCUGCCAGCUCGGAUUCUGGGGGACACAGUCUUUCAGAGGCUCUAUUUCUUCCUUGGUGUGACUGAGAAUGUCCCAUCCCAUUCCCGCCCCACACUGUGUAACAAAUGUAUCAUAAACUAUAUUUUUCUCAUGCUGAA